AUGGAUUCACAAACAUAGGGUAAUAACAAAUGUACCACGGGAGUUUUGCUUGUAGUAGUCAAUAAUACCGAAAACAGAACUAUCAAUCAAGAAACAUAUCAUAAAGUGUUUUCAGCAUAUGGUGAAGUGUGGAGACUAUUGAUUUUUGAAAGAACCCCAAAAUGCAAAGCUUUUGUUGAAAUGGAUUCCAUAGAAAAUGCAUAAAAGUCGCUAGAUGCUCUCAACAAUCAAGAAUUAUUACCAGGGUUUCGUAUGAAUAUCUAUGCUGCAAUACUGAAAAAAAUAGUUUUUUAAGAAAAUAACCCCGGAGGGUUUGAUUAUACAGUUAUGAGAUAAAUUAUGAUGGGCAACAGCUAAAGCAGUGAUAAAUAAAGCAGUAUUUCAGGACUCGAAGGAAAACCUACCUCAAGCCAUAGGCUUGAAAAUUCAACUAACUCAUAGGAAGCAAGUAUAAAUAAAUCAUUUGGAAAUAACAAUGAAUUAAGAAGUUCUUCUAAGAUUUAAUAACAAUAGUAAUAGCAGCAAUAAUAACAAUAGUAAUAGCAGUAAUAACUAAAUUUAUAAAAUUAAUACUCAAAUCCUUAAAGCAGUUUAUAUAUGAAUAAUGCAAACCCAAUAGCUCCUUAUGAUUUAAUUUAAAACUAAAUUCCAUAUGUAAACUAACAGGGGAUACCACCAAUUGGUAGUAGUCCAUAAAUUCCUGUCAUGCCAGCUUAGCCGCUUAAUAUUAAUUAGCCGUAAUAAUACCCUUAAACGUAAUGGAAUAUGAUGCCAAUUUAAUAGUAAAACUAAUUUAUGUAAUAGUAUCCUCCAGUAGGAAUGAACUAUUCUCCUUUCUAGCAAAAUAUGUACCCAGGUAUUUAACCACCUAUGAAUUAAUUGCCUCAUAGCUAUCCUAUCUAAUAGAAUCAAGCUUACUAAAAAUGGCCUGUUAAUUUGAAUAUCAAAUAGUAACCUCAUUAGAUAAUCUAGAAUAAUAAUAUGUAACCUAAUUUCCCUGCAAUUAAUAGUGGAGGAAUGAUGUAUCCUUAAUACAACAUGCAAUACAACUAGAUGGGAUAUAACAAUAAUAUGAACAACAACACUUUUGAUUUAACUUAGUAAUUCAAUUAACUAAAUUUAAAUGUAUAAAAUAAGGAACAAAUUAUAGAUACUAAAAAUUAAGGUUUUACUAACCCAUUACUUAAUAUACCUAUUUAGUAAUAACAGCAAUAAUAGCAAAUGCAUGCUUAACAGAUAUAAAUGAAUUAAAAUCCAUAGAUUUAACAGCAAUAAUAUCAAUAGAAAUAAGCAUAAAUUCAAAGUAAAAAAUCCAAGAAAUCAUCAAGCAGUCAAAAAAAUUCUUUAAUUGAUUCAAAAAAGAAUAAUGACCCACUCACUAUUCUAGGUGUGCUUUAGACUUCUUCAGAUUACUCUGAAAAAGAAGAAGACAAUACAAACUUAUAAAAUAUCUUAGACGAUACUUCUGCUAUUGAAGAAUAAAAAAUAUCGCAUCAUUCAAAUUAGAACAGCUCAAGCUAAAAUAAUAAUAUUGAUCCUAAUAUUAGAAAAAACUAAUCUUUCGAAAAAGCUAAUUUUAGUUUUAACAAUUCUACUUUGAAUUAAUAAUAGCAGUAGCAAUAAUAAUAGUAUAACAUGUUUGGAUUUCCUCCUCAAAUUAACCCUAAAAUAAAUCCAAACGAUAUGAAUAUGCUAUGGAUGCAGUAACAAUAGCAGUAAUAAGUACAAUAAUAAGGAUUUUACUAUUAAUAACCACAAUAGUAAUAACAACAAUAACCUAACUUUAUGCCAUUUAACAAUAAUUUCUUACCAUAAAUGAGUAAUCCUAAUAUGGUAGGGUUUAUGGGAAACAAUGAGUUGUUUAAUUAAGGUAAUAACUUCUAAAACAUGUAAAAUACCAAUCGCACUAUGCCUAAUUAACUUGAAUGGAAUAUGAUGAAUUUCAUGAAUUAGAAUAACAAUCCUAGUAAUUCGUUGAGCAAUUUAAAUUAUUCUUAAAAUAAUAGCUAAAUAAACAUCAAUAAUAACAACAAUAAUAAUAGUUAAGGAAUGACAUUCUAACCUCCUCAUAUGAAUAAUUAAAAAUCUCAUGAGAAGGUUGAAAAAUAACCUAACCACAACCAUGAUAAGAAAGAUAAAGAUGAUGACAAAAGUAGCUUAAAUUCAUCGAUAGGCAUACCGGCUUUCAACUCUUAAAAUACUUCUUAAAACAUUGAAAGCUAAAGCCUUAAUGAUGAAACAGGUGGUUCUAAUGGAAACUCUUUUUUCCUUUUCAAUAACUAUAAUAGCAAUAACAAUAAUAAUGCUAAUAUAAAUAACCACAUUAAUCAAGGAAGUAGCUAGAGCUUAAACUCAGUAAAUGGAGGUAAUGCUAUCCACAGAAAGACAAAUUCUUCUUCCAACAAUCUUAAUGGAAACGUUUGUGGCAACAAUGUCUCUACCUCUUCAAAUCAAAACUUACAAAUUCUUUCAAAUUAUCCUUUCUUGGUUAACAAUGAAAUCAACCCAGGCAUGAAUAUUGGCGACUACGUUAAUCCUUAGUUCAUUAAAUCUUUGAGAAGAUCCAAAGUAAUUUAUGCUAACUGGUUUGACAAAUCUAAAGUAACUCUCAAAAUGCUUAUCAAUAUUUUCAGCUAUUUUGGACCCAUAGAAAAAAUAAUGUAUUUAAAAAAUAAAUCUUCAUGCUUAGUCGAAUACACCAGAAUAGAGAGUGCAUCUGCAGCUAAAGAAAGUCUAAAUGACAUGACUUUUAUGGAUCAAGAAAUCAAAAUAUUCUAUAGCAAUUAUGAUCAAAUCUACAUAAAGAAUUUAAAGAAGGAUAGUAAUUCAUCUUCUACAACAGGUACAAGCGAAGAUAGUGAUGAGUAUUACGUGAAUAACUCAUCAAAUAAAAAGAAUGAGAUUAACAUUUCUAAAAUAAUUAACCCACCAAGUGAAUGUAUAAUUAUUACUGGCUUAAACAGAUAAGCAUGCAAUAUCGAUAUACUUUCUAAUUUCCUCUAAAGAGUUGGCCCUAUUUUGAGAUCAAAGUUCAUCAUUGAAGAAGCUUAAAAUAUUUGCAUCCUUAAGCUUCCUAAUAAAGAAAAGGCCUUGCUUGCUAUUUCACUCUACAACGGUGAAGAAAUUUGUGGAAAGAAAGUUUAUAUUGGCUUUUCAAAGUCAAAACUGUAAGAAACAGCUGCCCAAAAUUUAAAUGAAAUAAAUGACAAUAAUGAGAGUACAAUUGCUUCAAUAUCAAAUAUUUCUUGA